AUGGAGGGGUCUAAAACAGACUCCUUCAUCUCUUCCGCCGCGACCCCCACCGUCCACCAAUGCGGGGGAAAUGCGCGGCCCGCAUCCUACGGCGCCUUUACGGCCUUCCAGCCACGCUCCGUAGCGUCGAGUCAACCCCAGCCGCAGCCGUAUCGCACCCACAGCCCUGUGGUCUCUGCCCCACCGACCACGGCAGCAGGCUAUGCGACCCCGGCCAACACUUACACCAAUUACUAUCAACAACCACAAUCUUACCAGAGCGGACCUUCCUACUACGGAGCCCGCGGCACCCAGGGAGCUCAGGGAGGCCAAUAUCCCGAAAAUACAUAUGGAUCGACUGUCCCCCAGAUUCAAAAUCCCUUCGGACCCAACCAGGCGUAUGGCCCCCGGCCGGGACCGAGCUCGGGCCUUGACCCGGACACCGAAGCCCAGAUUGCCCAGUGGCAAAGCGCAUAUGCGACUCCGAGCGAGGAGUCAUCGGGCAAACCAGGGCGAGAAGGGCCAAGCGUGGUGACCCCAUCGACUGGACCGGCUGGUACGGGCACCCCGGUUCCCCAACCAGAGCCGCAAUCCACCGUGGUGCGGUCGGGCGGCGGACAGACCUGGAACGAUUCGAGUCUCCUGGAAUGGGAUCCCGCCCAUUUUCGGCUCUUCGUGGGUAACCUCGCAGGCGAAGUCACCGACGAUUCACUAUUGAAGGCUUUCGCUCGCUAUUCAUCCGUCCAGAAGGCACGAGUGAUCCGAGAGAAGCGCACCCAGAAAAGUAAAGGGUAUGGGUUCAUCAGUUUUAGCGAUGGUGAUGACUACUUCAAAGCCGCUCGAGAGAUGCAGGGCAAGUAUAUCGGGUCUCACCCAGUGCUCCUGCGACGCGCGCAAACCGAGGUUCGCCCGGUCUCGAGCAACAAGAACCAGAAGAAGAAUGGCGGUUCUCGUGGAGGCCCGCCUGGUGGCAAAGUGAAGCAGGACGGGGUGAAGAAACCGGGCAAGACCAAGGGGGGACUUAAAAUUUUAGGCUAA